AGAACAAGCUUGCCUAGCAUCAAAGACCUGCACAAAUAGCAUUGAGACUCCGGCAUCCUACCUUUGAUAUUUGCUCUAAGCGCCUGGUGCAUUCAGAAAUACAGUAUAUCUUCUCCCUUGUUUCUCGAAAAUGCCUGUCGUUGCAGCUCCGCCUCAAGGCCACGGCCCCUCCACCUUUGACAAGAUGAAGAUGGGUGCUCUGAUGGGAUCGACCGUUGGCGGUAUCAUGGGAUUUAUCAUCGGAACCGUCACUAUCUUCCAGUAUGGCGCUGGGCCUAACGGUGUGAUGCGCACUCUCGGAAAAUACAUGCUUGGUUCGGGUGCAACUUUCGGUCUUUUCAUGUCGAUUGGUAGCGUUAUCCGUACCGAAGGACCUCACAACGACGCUUGGCUGCGUGCUCGGGGACCCCCAAUGAUGCUUCCUCGUCAGUCUCCUCUACGGCUCAUGCGUCAGUAGAUGCACAAUACUGCUUCUGCCGCAGGAACUGAGAGGGAGAUAUGUCACGACCCGUGGGGACGACUUGUACAAUAAUAUCUACCGGGAUGGGAACCUUGUACUGCAGGGAGCAAGACACGCGGUAUGGCAAUUUGCCGCUGGAUGGCUGCAAAAUGUCAGCGCAGCGGAGGGACUCUCCCUACAUCAUGUACAUAACAUGGAGGCAUCGGACAUUGGGUCGGAUGGAAGGUGCCUCCAGCGAUGCAUGCACUUUUUUCUGGCGUUGAACCAAGGGAUAUCAUUUAAUGGGAGAUUGAUGAGAUGUCAAAUCAAUUGGUCAC